AUGUCUCUCUCUCCGACCCAAAGCAGUUCGUCGGUCGCGCCUCUCGACAGCGCUUCGUCCCACGUCCCGUCCCUCACCUCAACACCACCCACCGCCUUCUCUUCUGACAACAUCUCUGUCGCCUCGGAGACCUCGAAGAUCGAGUUGACGCCUGCUCCUGAAGUCCAAGCUAGUAUAAAUCCUCCAUGCGAAGGUGGUAAUGACGCGACUGCGACUGGGACCGCGACCGCGACCGUGACCGUCGCCGUCGCCGCCGCCGUGGCCGUGGCCGCGGCCGCUCCCGAACCUCCCUCUAGUGUGGCUGGACGCGCUCGGCGGUCGUGUGUCGGGACCCCUCCUACGUAUAAUCUUGGUCGCCUGUCCGGCAUUUCCAGCCACAAAAAGCGACGCGUCACCGGAGACCCUCCUACCGAUCGAAAAAAGCGCAAUGUUUCGGAUGCCUCCCUCCUCCCUGUCGCUGAUCCUUAUGAAUUUAUCGCUGAGACCGACCAGUCUGCCACUGAAGAAGCCAACCUUGUUGCAAGCUCCACUGCCAGCGCUCGGAGACAACAACGAUCUGCAAAGAAGCCUGAAACGCCCGUGAGCCGAUCCCGGAAUUCAAGCACUGCCUCUAGUCCCCGCACAACCCGUGCUUCGGCGCGCUUGCGUGGAGACGUAUCGACCCCCGGCAUUGUUGCCAAAGCAGUCACUCUCGGCAAGCGAAGCCGUCGGGCUUUUGAGCAGGGUCUCUCAAGUUUGUCCCGAGAGCUCCGUCGUCUGCAGGAUACCGACGAAUAUGCCCACGUUGACACCCAACCCGUCAUCCACACCACUUGGGCCAACGGAAAACUCGUCACCCCCGAGGAAGCGGAGAAGGCUCCGGCGAAAAAGAAGGCAAAGACGGAGGCGUCUUGUUCGUCUUGGAGCAAAGAUUCCGAACCGAACGGCAAGGACGUCAAGAAGAAGGACGAGGGGAGUCAAAAAGGGGAAGACGGCUUGGAAGUCCAUACGCGAAAGGGCCGCCGGACCAAACAUUGGCUUGACAAGGGCCUCUAUGCGGGCCAGGAAACACCGAGUGACCCCUCCCAGGGUCUCACCCCGGCGGAGAAGAAGAAGAUGGCCCAGAUGCCCGAUCUCAAGCCAAGUGGGCGCAUCAAUAAGGCUCUACCACUGCCCAUCUUUAACGGCAUGAGACUUUUGAUCCAAGGCCGGGAUUUUAAACUCCCCUUUGACGUCGGCAACCCUCUACCGCCUGGCCAGCCGAAGCCCGAGCACUGGACUAGGAUUUCAAAAAAUCGUUUCGUGGGCGAAUCCAGCCUGUUUUGGAAGAAGAAUCAGCACAGCUGGGCCACCGAAUCCAAAUGCGUCUGUAAGCCAGAAGAUCGCUGUGGCGAUGACUGUCAGAACCGCAUCAUGCUCUAUGAGUGUGACGAUAAAAACUGCAACGUCGGAAAGGAGCUGUGCACAAACCGCGCAUUCGCCGAUCUUCAGGAGAGAAAGGCGGCUGGCGGCAAGUACCGCGUCGGUGUCGAGGUCAUCAAGACGUCGGACCGCGGAUACGGAGUGCGCGCCAACCGGUGUUUCGAGCCGAACCAGAUCAUCAUGGAGUACACUGGCGAGAUUAUCACCGAAGAGGAAUGCGAGAACAGGAUGAACACCAAAUACAAGAACAACGACUGCUACUAUCUUAUGAGUUUCGACCAAAACAUGAUUAUUGACGCAACCAACGGUAGCAUCGCUCGGUUUGUCAAUCAUUCGUGCAAACCCAACUGCAAGAUGGUCAAAUGGAUCGUCGGUUGCCAGCCGAGGAUGGCUCUUUUUGCCGGCGACCAACCCAUCAUGACGGGAGACGAGCUCACAUAUGACUACAACUUUGACCCGUUUAGCGCUAAGAACGUUCAGACCUGCCUGUGUGGAGAAGAAAACUGUCGCGGUGUGCUUGGUCCCAAGCCCAAGGAGAAGGACUCGAAGGCGAAGGCGGCCAAGGCGGCCAAAGACGCCGGUAAAAUCAAAGGCAAGGCGACGGGCAAAGUUAGUGGCAAGACCAAUGGCAAGGCGAAAACCCAGCCGGUAGCGGUCAAGGCGGUGAAGGAGGUUGUGAAAGGGGUGGUCAAAGCUGGCAAACGGAAGCUGGAAGAGCUGGUGGGUGACAGGAACAACGGGGACGACGGGAGCGCAUCCAAGAAGCGUAAAACCUCGACCCCAGCAAAGACUCGGAAGAAAGCGACGGCUACUGCGGCAAAGGCGACUGCCACGUCAAAGACGUCGAACCCGACGCCUAACAAGACGACGGGCACGGUCGUAAAACGAAAGUACUCGGGCACCAGUGCCAAAGUGUCGAAGAUGGCGGCCAAGGGCGCAGCUACAGUGAAGAGGAGCGUUUCCACCGUCACGGUCAGGGUCAACUCCAAGACGGCUCCGAUCGGCAGGAAGACGACAUCAUCCAAGGUGACGACUGUCCGCAUGUCGAGCUCGGGUCGCGUACUCAAGGCGAGCAACAAGAAACGGGAGUCUGUCGAACAGAGCACCAUGUCCUCCCACAACCCCGCCAUGACCAUUGUUGCGGCAGCUAGCAAUGACGAUAAUACCAGGCCAGCCAACAAGGCAGCCUCGAACGGCACUCCGCAGAGAUCGAAGAAGACGAGCGGCACGCCCAAAAGUUCUAUUACCAAGUCUCCUCGUAAGGCUCUGGAGUUACCGCGGAGUCGUUCGCGAGUUCGGAUGGUCAGUCCUGAGGAGCAGCCGACGAUCACAGCCCGAGUCGAGUAG